UAGAAAUGGCGGCUGCAGUGGCACGAGACGAGUUGACACGGUCCAUGAGCCGUAAGGCGAGUUUUGCAUCGUCCAGUACUAAAGGCUUGGCUUCUGCAAGCUUCCGGGAGGCGUUUGGAGCUCAGGGAGGUGACGUGUUCCAGAAAAGUGGGAGAGAAGACGACGAGGAGCAGCUCAAGUGGGCUGCCAUUGAGAGGCUCCCUACUUAUGAUCGGAUGAGGAAAGGGAUCUUGAAGCAAGUCUUGGACAAUGGCAACGUGAUUCAUGAAGAAAUCGAUUUUGGUAACCUCGGAGUCCACAACAAGAAGCAUAUCAUGGACACCAUGUUGAAAGUUCUUGAAGAUGAUAAUGAGAGGUUUCUUCUGAGGCUUAGAGACAGAAUCAAUAGGGUUGGAAUCAAUGUGCCAAAAUGUGAAGUGAGAUUUGAGCAUUUAUCUGUUGAAGGAGAUGCAUUUGCUGGAAGCAGAGCUCUUCCUACUCUUUACAAUUCGACUAUAAACGCCGUUGAGGGAAUUCUUGAUUUCUUGAGGCUUUUCCCAUCUAAAAAGAAGACUGUUAGGAUACUAACCGAUGUUUCUGGAAUAGUGAGGCCAUCAAGAUUGACACUUCUAUUAGGCCCUCCGAGCUCUGGUAAGACGACGUUGCUGAAGUCGCUUGCUGGGAAGCUAGAACAAGAUCUAAGGGAGAGUGGGAAGGUCACCUAUUGUGGACAUGAGCUGAGGGAGUUCAUUCCUCAGAGAACUUGUGCCUACAUAAGCCAGCAUGAUCUUCACCAUGGGGAGAUGACAGUGAGGGAGACCUUGGAUUUCUCGAGCCGUUGCUUUGGUGUUGGAGCUAGGUAUGAACUGCUAGCAGAGCUUUCUAGAAGGGAGAAAGAUGCAGGCAUUAAGCCAGAUCCUGAAAUAGAUGCCUUCAUGAAAGCCAUUGCUGUUUCUGGGCAGAGGACUAGUUUGGUGACAGAUUCUGUGCUCAAGGUUCUUGGGAUUGAUAUUUGUGCUGAUACAAUGGUUGGUGAUGAGAUGAGGAGAGGAAUUUCUGGAGGGCAGAAGAAGCGUGUGACGACUGGAGAGAUGUUGGUUGGCCCUGCAAAAGUUUUCUUGAUGGAUGAAAUCUCGACUGGUCUAGACAGCUCCACGACGUAUCAAAUCAUCAAAUACAUGAAGCAAAUGGUCCACAUUAUGGACAUAACCAUGAUCAUCUCCCUCCUCCAACCUGCCCCUGAAACUUUCGAACUUUUUGAUGACAUAAUCUUGCUUUCAGAAGGGCAGAUUGUCUACCAAGGCCCACUUGAGCACGUUCUUGGUUUCUUUGAGAGUGUGGGGUUCAAAUGCCCAGAGAGGAAAGGAGUAGCCGAUUUUCUGCAAGAAGUCACCUCCAAGAAGGAUCAAGAACAGUACUGGUCAAGGAAAAAUGUGCCUUAUGAAUAUGUAUCAGAUUCUGAUUUCGCCUUUCGCUUUCAAUCCUUCCACGCUGGGCAGAAGAUCUAUGGCGAGUUGGGAGUGCCAUACGACAAGAGUAGAGUUCAUCCAGCUGCAUUGGUGAAGGAAAAGUACGGCAUCUCCAACAAUGAUCUGUUUAAGGCAUGCCUGUCUAGGGAAUGGCUGCUAAUGAAGCGCAAUUCCUUUGUUUAUAUUUUCAAGACGACGCAGAUCACCAUCAUGGCUCUCUUCACCUUCACUGUGUUCUUCAGAACACAGAUGAAGCAUGGGCACAUUGAUGACGGAGGAAAAUUUUAUGGUGCCUUGUUUUUCAGCCUAAUCAAUGUCAUUUUCAAUGGGAUGGCUGAGCUUGCAAUGACCAUUUUUAGGCUUCCUGUGUUUUUCAAACAACGGGAUGACUUGUUCUACCCGGCUUGGGCUUUUGCCCUCCCAAUUUGGCUCCUGAGGCUUCCCAUCUCGGUCAUGGAGUCCGGGAUUUGGAUCAUUCUCACAUAUUACACUGUGGGAUAUGCACCUUCUGCUAGUAGGUUCUUUAUGCAGUUCCUGGCAUUUGUGGGCAUCCAUCAGAUGGCAUUAGGCCUCUUUCGAUUCAUAGCAGCGCUUGGAAGAACGCAGGUAGUUGCAAACACUCUAGGAACCUUCACAUUGUUGUUGGUGUUCGUACUUGGUGGAUUCAUCAUUGCCAAAGAUGAUCUUCAACCGUGGAUGAGAUGGGCUUACUAUCUUUCUCCUAUGUCGUAUGGCCAAAACGCAAUUGUCAUAGUAGAAUUUCUCGAUCCUAGAUGGUCUGGGAAAAAUGACGAUGGCAGAUUUGCUGGAAGAACCGUGGGAGAAGAGCUAUUGGCUGGAAGGGGAAUGUUUACCGAACAACACUGGUAUUGGAUUUGUGUUAUUGCACUCUUCGGAUUCUCUCUCUUCUUCAACUUGUGCUUUGUUGCUGCACUAACAUACUUGAAACCGUUUGGUGAUUCAAAAUCUGGUGGUUCAAUCUUGGAGGAUGAAACUAAGAAAAGCAGAAUUAGUGCUAAUAGCCAAAUAAAUGAAGUGAGAGAUGCUCAAGAACAAGAUACCAAACGCGGGAUGGUGCUUCCCUUCAAGCCCUUGUCACUUUCCUUUGAUAAUGUGAACUACUACGUUGAUAUGCCUGCAGAAAUGAAAGGCGAAGGGGUUGAGGAGACACGUCUGCAGCUACUGAGGGGCGUCAGUGGUGCAUUUAGACCAGGAGUUUUGACAGCAUUGAUGGGAGUAAGUGGUGCCGGAAAAACCACAUUGAUGGAUGUUCUAGCCGGAAGGAAAACAGGUGGAUACAUUGAAGGAGACAUCAGAGUUUCCGGUUUCCCAAAGAAUCAAGAAACAUUUGCUCGUGUGAGUGGCUACUGUGAGCAGAAUGACAUCCAUUCCCCACAUGUCACUGUCUAUGAAUCUCUCCUAUAUUCAGCCUGGCUCCGUCUUCCAGCAGAUGUAAACAAGGCAACACGGCAGGCAAAUCUUUACACAACUUGCAUCUUUCUUGGAGUUCUUUUUAUUUUCCCUUUUAUGAUCAUAUCCAUAGUGUUAUUUCAGAUGUUUGUGGAGGAAGUGAUGGACUUAGUUGAGCUGAACUCGCUGAGAAACUCCCUAGUCGGGCUUCCUGGAGUCGAUGGUUUAUCAACAGAACAGAGGAAAAGGCUCACCAUUGCAGUUGAGCUAGUUGCAAAUCCAUCAAUCAUCUUCAUGGAUGAGCCAACGUCGGGCUUGGAUGCUCGAGCUGCAGCCAUUGUCAUGCGUGCUGUGAGGAACACGGUCGAUACAGGGAGAACCGUCGUUUGCACAAUCCAUCAACCAAGCAUAGACAUCUUUGAAUCAUUUGAUGAGCUAUUUUUAAUGAAGAGAGGUGGGCAAGUCAUAUAUGCAGGACCUUUGGGCAGCAACUCUCAACUUCUAGUAGACUACUUUGAGUCUAUUUCCGGAGUUCCUCAAAUCAGACAAGACUACAAUCCAGCUACAUGGAUGCUAGAAGUUAGCUCUGCAGCAGUUGAAUCUCAACUAGACAUGGACUUUGCAGAAAUCUACUCUAACUCUGAUCUCAACAGGAAGAAUCUAGAACUUAUCCAGAAGUUGAGCAAUCCAGAAGCAGGAUCACAUGACCUCUUCUUCCCCACCAAAUACUCACAACCUCUUUUGGUCCAAUUCGUGGCGUGUUUUUGGAAACAAUAUUGGUCUUACUGGAGGAAUCCUCAGUAUAAUGCGAUCAGAUUCUUCAUGACAACAGUGAUUGGCCUUAUAUUCGGCGUCAUCUUCUGGAACAAAGGAACAACAAUGUAUAAAGAACAGGAUCUGACGAAUCUUCUAGGCGCAAUGUAUGCAGCAGUGCUAUUCCUAGGUGGAACAAACACAUCUGCAGUUCAAUCGGUUGUGGCCAUAGAGAGAACAGUGUUCUAUCGCGAGAGAGCUGCAGGGAUGUUCUCAGCAUUGCCUUAUGCAUUCGCACAGGUUUCUGUUGAGACAAGCUACAUCGCGGCACAGACAUUCUUGUACAGCCUUCUCCUGUACUCGAUGAUUGGAUUUGAGUGGGGAGCAUCCAAGUUCAUAUGGUUCUACUACUAUGUGUUCAUGUGCUUCGUCUACUUCACCUUCUACGGCAUGAUGCUUGUGGCUCUCACACCUAGCUACCAGAUUGCUGCAAUUCUCAUGUCAUUUUUUCUCAGCUUCUGGAAUCUCUUCUCUGGUUUUCUCAUUCCCAGGAUGUUGAUCCCGGUGUGGUGGAGGUGGUACUACUGGGGCUCUCCGGUGGCAUGGACGAUAUACGGGCUGGUGACGUCACAGCUGGGAGACAAGACGGAGCAAGUUCUUGUACCGGACCAUGGUGAUAUGCCUAUUAAGGACUACCUUAAAGUUGUCUUAGGUUAUGACUCUGAUUUUCUUGGAUGUGUUGCCUUGGCUCAUGUUGGAUGGGCUUUGCUCUUCUUUGUUGUCUUUGUCUAUGGCAUCAAGGUCUUGAAUUUCCAAAGGAGAUAGCUAUCCAAAGGAUUUAGUGCUUCUAUUGUUUGUAAGAUCCAUCAAAUGUUUUUUCAUUUCCUUAAUAAAUAACUUGAAUAUUCAGUUAACUUCAUUGUUUCUUCUGAA